AAAGUCCUUUUGGUGUACAAUUUGUUUUCUUUUAGCAAAGAUAUUUUCAGCGCGAGUAACACAGAAGUACAUCCGGAAGAAAGGGAAGAAGAACGAAUUUAUAUCAUUUGAUGGGCGUCACUGCGAUUAUUUUAUUGGCUCAUAGAUAGGGAGUUUUAAUUAAUGUUAAGUGUCUGUCAUGGGUUGGUAGUUAGCAAGCUAGCUGGCUAAAAUCUAGCUAGCUAGCUUGGAAAAAUAGUCCGCCUUCUGUCAUUUUCUGUUAUGUUCGCUUCGCGCAUCUGAUAUAACAGUGUAGCCAGAGACGUAUCACAUAUACGUGCGUGCAGGAAAACAAGCUUGUACACAGACAGAUACCUUGUUAGCUAUAGUCACUUCUGCUGAAGAACACUAGCUAACGUUAACCCUACAGGUCACUGCAACUGAGUUGAUACAAUUGUAUCCAGUUGCAGAUUGCUAGCAACAAGCUAGCUGGCUUGCGACAGUUUGUGUCGAAGUAGAAAAUACGGAAAUGGCAUCCACGUAUGGCCGACACCAAUUAAUUGACUGGAGUUAAUGGAAAAGAAAUUCAAGUUUCGAGCGGCAAUGGUUGUCUGAUACACAGCAUUUUGUUGACUUUAUAGACCUAGGAAGGAAAUAAUACAGAUAACUACGCUGAUAUUUUAUGCGAGUCUAUUUGGGUCGUGUAACCCCUGCAAACAACGAGACGAGCUUAUGAAGAUUAGUCAAAACAGCAGGAUGUCAAAGGGAUUUGCGGUGGUCAUAAGUGAAAAACAAAACAAUGACUGCCAUCAACACCAGACAGUUCGAGAUGAUCUCCUGCACUUUAUACCAAAAAACUAGUAAUCUGUAGUGUGCAUUUCUACUGCUUUACGUGGUAUAGUUUAGAUGAUAAGGUUGUACACCGGAAGAGAAAUCUAUUCAGCUUGCGGUUCGAUUGUGAAAUAUAAGUUACUUUAUAUUUCAUAAGCACUAUGUCUGGAGACAGUAGUAGCUACAGUAGUGGAGAGGACUCUGAUAAAGAGACCAGGAAGAAAGUAUGUACUGUCAAACACGAAAUCACUAAUGCAAACCUUACAGGGUACACUGAAAAAGUGGGAGUGGAGAACUUUGAACUUCUGAAAGUGCUGGGGACUGGAGCUUAUGGAAAAGUUUUCCUUGUGAGGAAGACGAGUGGUCACGAUGAAGGGAAGCUAUAUGCUAUGAAGGUGUUGAAGAAAGCGGCUAUUGUACAAAAGGCAAAGACUGCUGAACACACUCGGACUGAAAGACAAGUUUUGGAGCACAUUCGUCAGUCUCCCUUUUUAGUUACACUGCACUAUGCCUUCCAAACGCAGACGAAAUUGCACCUCAUACUUGACUAUGUUAGUGGUGGGGAGAUGUUUACCCAUCUUUACCAGCGAGACCACUUCUCUGAAGAUGAAGUUCGGAUCUACAUCGGAGAGAUCAUUCUGGCCUUGGAGCAUCUGCACAAGCUUGGCAUUGUGUACCGGGACAUCAAACUGGAGAACAUCCUGUUGGACAGUGAGGGACAUGUGGUGCUGACGGACUUUGGGUUGAGCAAGGAGUUCCUGGAAGAAGAGAAAGAGAGGACCUACUCGUUCUGUGGCACUAUUGAGUACAUGGCUCCUGAGAUUAUCCGCGGGAAGUCGGGACAUGGAAAGUCGGUGGAUUGGUGGAGUCUGGGGAUCCUCAUGUUUGAGCUGCUGACUGGAGCUUCGCCGUUCACCUUGGAGGGCGAGAGGAAUACGCAGAGCGAAGUGUCCAAGCGGAUCCUGCGCUGCGAGCCCCCGUUCCCGUCCAUAAUCGGCCCCCUGGCGCAGGACCUCCUGAGGAAACUGCUGGUCAAAGACCCUCACAAGCGGCUCGGCUCUGGACCCAAGGGUGCUGACGACAUCAAGACUCAUCCAUUCUUUAAGGGGUUCAGCUGGUCAGAUCUGGCCGCCAAAAAGGUUGCCAGCCCCUUCCGUCCCGAGCUGCGGAAUGAGCUGGACACGGGGAACUUUGCAGAGGAAUUCACCGGGAUGGAGCCGGUCUACUCUCCAGCCAGCACCCCUCCCAGUACUGAGCGUCUUUUCCAGGGUUACUCCUUCAUCGCACCGUCCAUACUAUUCAACAAAAACGUGGUCAUGGGGGACUUCCUGGAGAACCAGGUGAAGGUGGACAAGCCAGGGUCAGCCACGGUACAGCGCAGUGCAAUGCUGAAGGACUCCCAGUUCUUCCAGCACUACGAGCUGUGCCUGCAGGGCCCUCCGCUGGGGGAAGGCAGCUUCUCCGUGUGCAGGAAGUGCCGACACAAGCAGAGUGGCCAGGAGUACGCAGUCAAAAUCAUCAGCCGUAGGAUGGAGGCGAUGACACAAAAGGAGAUAGCGGCCCUGAGGCAGUGCGAGUCUCAUCCCAAUAUUGUCAAACUCCAUGAAGUUUACACCGACCAGCACCACACGUACCUGGUGAUGGAGCUGCUGCGUGGCGGGGAGCUGCUGGAGCGCCUCAAGCGGAAGAAGCUGUUUGCCGAGUGGGAGGCCAGCAAGCUGAUGAGCAGCCUCGUGUCGGCCGUCAGCUUCAUGCACGAGGCCGGCGUGGUGCACAGGGACCUAAAGCCAGAGAACGUUCUGUUUGCGGACGAGGGCGAGGACGCGGUGCUGAAGGUGAUCGACUUCGGCUUCGCACGGCUGUUUCCCGCGGGCAGCGCUCCCCUGCAGACGCCGUGCUUCACGCUGCAGUACGCUGCCCCGGAGCUCUUCCACUCCACCGGCUACGACCAGGCCUGCGACCUCUGGAGCCUCGGGGUCAUCCUGUAUACCAUGCUGUCGGGACAGGUUCCAUUCCAGACCGAAAAGAAGGGCAUGACCUCGUCACACGCCGCUGACAUCAUGAAGAAGAUCAAAGAGGGAGACUUCUCAUUGGAUGGAGAGGCGUGGAGAGGUGUGUCAGAAGAGGCCAAAGAGCUUGUGAGAGGUUUGUUGACGGUGGACCCCGAACGGCGUCUGAAGCUGAGCGAUCUGAAGGAGAACGGCUGGCUCCAGGGCGGGGCCAACAUGUCGUCCACUCCGCUGUGCACGCCCGACGUGCUCGAGUCCAGCGGCCCCACCGUGCGCACUUACGUCAACGCUACUUACAAGGCAUUCAACCGGGGGAAGCGAGAGGGCUUCUUCCUGAAGAGUGUGGACAACGCCCCUCUGGCCAAGCGCCGCAAGCUGAAGAUGACCAGCACCGGGGUUGAGACCCGGCGUAGCUCCUCUUCCUCGUCCUCCUCCUCUUCCUCGUCGUCCUCCACAGCAGCAGCUGCGGCGGCGGCAGCGGCAGCCACGCUCGCCCAAGCCCCGCUGCGGCAGACUGUCCCCCCGAACUCUGACCCCUGAGUCAGCCUGCGUGAGCACUCACCCCCCCCCCCCCCCCCAACCCCCCACUACUACUACCACCACCACCCAAGCUGAAGAAACCUACAGGGUUCCAGUGUGACUGAAUCACCGAAGCGAAGGAGGCGAAACUCUUUUUAAAUCACACCCGUAUCCAAAUUACAGACAUGUAAUUGUGGCGUAAUAUGCCGUUUGGGCAGUUACAUGGUCUGACCGCAAAGGGCUUAAAGUAUGUACUCAUUCUGAAUGGAUAUGUGAAGUCUGUUUCUUUUUUGGCCCGCCUUGGGGUUAGCAAGAGAGUGGAGACAACUGUUGUAUAUUUCAAGCAAAAAAUUUUAAUUGUUCAAAAAUUGGUGUCAAAUUGUUAUUCGCUGUCGUUGACGUUGGCGCUUCUUCAAAACCCGCUGGUCGAAAAUCGUUCCCGUGCUGAUUGUUUCGUCUGCAUGUUACCAGUGUUGAACUGCCGAAACCCUUUAGUCUCGUUUAUUUUUCUUUUGGUUUGUUUUGUAUCGUUUGCUCAUAUGAUUGAAUGUACCUUUAAAAGAGUGGAGUUUUUCUAUGGCACCGCGGUGCUUUUUAAAAAAAGAAUAUUAUAAAGAUCAUGUAGGCCGAGUUGUUUUAAAAAGGGACACUUUGAAGAUAGAUGGGAAAAGAAGCCAUGGGAGAGUUGAAGCCAUAGGUACUGAGAGGAAAGGAUCUUUGUGUGGACCCCAGACUAUAGACCAUAUUACGGGGGACAGGACAGGAGUAGCUAUAGCUCGUAGCAACGUUUUACAUCAAGGGUGGCUUUCAGACAGUUUCAGAGGCUGGCGACAGAUUGUUUUUUUUUUUACUUGUUCCAUCGACAACAGCAAAUAACGACUAAAAGGUCUGAUUGUCUGGGUCAGGCGUACUGUACAAUCUUUCUCCUUGUGCUGUUGUGAGCUUACUAAGUGCAUGCCUCUCAGUAUAAAGUGGUGAAUACUCUGUAACAGCAGUUGUUAAUAUUCAGUGUUCCUAUGACUGAACCCUUUGCUAACUACUCCCUGCUGUGCUUUCAUGGUGCUAUCGGAUCAGUCUGUGAUACCACAAGCCCAAGUCUGCCCCCCACCCCCCCCUCCCCCAGAGUCCUUUGACGAGAGAGUGUGUGUGUGUGUGUGUGUGUGUGUGUGUGUGUGUGUGUGUGUGUUCGCUUGUUGGUGUCCACCCUUGCCACCCUCCCCCUGUCCAAGCGCUCCCUUUCUGCCCUCGCCAUGGGAGCGUGAGGCGCUGCCGGACCUCUGCUGCUGCAGGCGUGGUGAUGCAGCGCUGGUCACCAGAGUCCAGGCCACGAGUAGACUGGACUCUGCACGUGUUUUUAAAAAACAAAAAAAACAAAGGGCUCCAUCAUGCAUCCCAGGCUGGGUGCAGACAGUGGCUCCACACACACACACACACACACGCCCUCAGUCCUUUUGACCUCCAGCUGGAGAGAUGAUGGACUGAGGGAGAGAGAUGGAAAGGAGAGAGAGUAAAAGAAGGGGAGAGAGAGACUGAUAGAGGGAGACAGAUGGGGGGAGAGAGAGAGACUGGCAGAGGGAGAGAGAUGGGGUGAGAGAGAGAGAGACUAACAGAGGGAGAGGAAGACGGAGAGACUCCACUUGUCUGCCUGCAGGUGCCCAUAUGCCACCAGCCACCCACCCACUGUGUUGAAUGUCUUGCAACCCUGUUCCUCCUCAAUUUAAUACUUGCAUUAAAAAAAAAACACAACACUGAAUCUGUGUGACCGUUGAGGGGAACAGAUAACAGGGGUCUCUUUUAUAUGGAUGUCACUUUUCUCCAUACACUGAUAGGAUACUUACUGUAGUUUUUCUUCACAAAGGAACACUUUUGCCAAGGACAAGGAUAUUGUUGUGUGUGAUCAACAUUUUCUUGAAUGUCUCUUUGGAAAUUGUAAUGUAGUACCCGGUUUAUGAGAUGAUUGCAUGCAUAUUUAUAGAAUUAUGAUGAGAUUUGCAAGGGCGGUAUGUGUUUAUACUUUUUUUUUUUUUUUUUUUUUUUAAAAAAGCCUCAGCACUGGUUGAAGUUGAUCAUCCUGUUGAGAUGCCUGUAUAAAAAUCAUGAGACACCAUGUGAGUUUGCCGGUCAAGAGGGCCAUCUUUAUCAGAGUCCUACGCCGUGGGGCCAGUGUUGGACCAGAGUCGGGUUGUGGCCUGACAUCCUGGUCUUGCACAUGUCAAUCAUGCUCUCUCGAUUGUGAUCGCGCCACAUUUGUAUCAGACACCAAAUGAAUUGUUUUUAGUAUUAUCAGAAUUUGGGAUUCUCGAGGAAGAUGGUUGAAUGACACUGGUCAUUUAAAAGACAGUCACUUAUAGUUACUCUUUUUUUUUAUUAUUAUUGUUCAAUCUUCAAGUCGCACAAUUUUAAUCUUUGAAAAGAUGUUUUCUUUUUUUUUAUCAGCUUUAACUCGCUUAACCUUUAGUAUUUAUUGCCUCUGUUCUGCCUCAUUGUUCUGUUGAUGUUACGGUAAUGGUUCUCUGCCCGCCGCCUCGUGCUCAUCCGUGUUGAGUAAUUAUGUAAUUCUAUGGUAUGUCUUGCUGCCUUGUGCUGCAUCAGUAAAAAAAGACAUCUAUUGUGAAAUUAUGGAACUGUACAUUUCUGAUUUUAGAUCUUUUUUUUUCACGCUUAUAAUUAUGUCAAUGAUUUUAUGUCUACAGUUUCAAAAUAUGAGAACGCUACUUUUUGGACUAUUAGUAACUGUUUUUUGUGUUAUUGUUUGGUCAUGCAUGUACUUUUUUCAUUUAAAUAACCUCUUUAAUAAGUUAUUCUGCUCUCUCAUUUUGCCAAAAAACAUUUUGUAAAAACAAAAAUUAAAAAGAAAAUCAUAAUUUUUAAA